CUAGGUUGCACCUUCUCCUCAUCACCCUCGUCGUCCUCCUACUCCUCCAUCGCGCCGCUGCCUGGCCAGCGCUACUUUGCUCCUCGUUCCAUCUCAAUCCCUCUCUUCGCUUCCUCACUUUGCUUCUGGCGUUGAAAUCCCAGCCCCCGCACACUGGCUCCUGUUGCUCGAAUCGCGCGCCUCUGGCAGGUCCCUGCAGGCUACACCUGGCCUCGUCUGUAACCAACACCAACAACCAGCUCGAACUUCGAGCUCCCCGCCAGUCAUCAUGGGCGCGUGGAACGUCUUCCGCAUUCUGGGCGACUUGUCCCACAUGCUCUCCAAGUGCAUCCUCAUCUUCGCCAUCCAUCGCAACCGCAGCGCCGAGGGUGUCUCGCUCAUCACUCAGAUCCUCUAUGCCCUUGUCUUCUGCACGCGCUACCUCGACAUCUUCAGCGAGAAGUCAGCAUGGAACUUCAUCUUCAAGAUCUUCUACAUCCUCUCCUCAUUCUACAUUCUCGGUGUCAUGCAAUGGGUCGUCCCUCGCUCACGCGAGCGUGAGAUUUCCUGGAAGAUUGGUGCCUUUAUUCUCGGGGGCUCCUUUGCCAUAUCGCCUUUCGUCAUGAUGAUCUUCGAGAGCACUGGGUGGGGGUUCCGCGUUUGGAUGUGGGACUUCUCUCAAAUCCUCGAAUCCAUCUGCGUCCUUCCCCAGCUACUCCUCCUUAGGCAGACGACUGUUCCGACCGUCAUCGAUUCGUUCUAUCUCCUCACCCUAGGCUCCUACCGAGCCUUCUACUGUAUCAACUGGUUCCUCCGAGAGUUCGACGUCCGCAAGCCCAAUACCGUCUCCGUUAUCUUUGGCAUUAUCCAGACGGCUCUAUACAUUGACUUUGCUUGGGUAUACUACACUCGUCAGCGCGUCAAGCUCCGAGGCGGUGGUGUUGUUGAUGCCGAUGAUAUGCGCCGUGGAUGGCUCCUGCGCCGCAUCUUUGGCAAGCGUGUGGAAUUUGCCGAAGAGGACGAAGAGAACACCCCUGGCCUCCACGGCCAUGAUGAAAGCGAUACUCGACGCGGUGGCGCCCGGCCCAAGUGGGGUGCUCGUGGCAUCUCCGUCAGCGCCGAUGACGGCGUCCUGGAGGCCGAGCAAUCCCACCGAGAUGAUGACGAUCUGGACGGUGGCGUCGACCCGGAUGCCAAGAUGCAUGAUCCGGAUGAGCUAGCGAGAGCUCUAGACGAUGAUGACGAGGAGACGCCCCUGCGUCCCGACAACUCCCAGGGCAGCGGCCCCAGCGGCAUCCGAGCCGGCGAGGAAUGGCGCGACUAGACGGCUAGUUGGGCGUUUGUCAGUGUUCUAACGGGUGUCUUCGCAGGUAUCUGGUAGCAGGGAUUGGAAUUUGCUGGGUUUUUAUUGUUUCUGGAGCCGCAACUAUUUUGGGCGGUGGCUAGGUCGUAUGUCGGAAUCACGGACGGUGCAACAUAGAAGGGACGCAUCGAGCCAUGGCAUGUCGCGAGCAUGUCGAUUUGAUGGAGCUCCACUGUCGGUUAUUUCCUUGUCUCUUCCAACUCUGUAAACAUAGCGCGAAUCUUUUCAUGACAAUCUACAACAUGAAAUCCAUCACAUCUACAGCGACAUAAAGUUAACCAUGUCCCAUAUCACGUCAAAGAGCAAC